AUGGGCCUCUUAGGACGAUUUCGAAGAAGCAGCAACGACGGCGUUGAGAAUCAUCCUGAGAUGCCACCACCCAAACAGGAACCUGAAGAACCUGUGCUCCUUAUCCGUUUGGGAGGAAUGGCUCACCUCAAUGAGAUUGUGAACGAUUUCAUCGAUCGAGUCAGUACCGACCAGAGAUUGCUGGUAUUCUUCGAGGGAGUCGACUACCGAGUCUUGGCUUUGCACCAGAAACGUUUCUUCACAAUGGCUUUUACCAAAGUUCCUGACAGCGCGAACUUGGAACUGGUAAUCAAGAAGCACCAUCAACGUCUAUUCGAGCGUGGGCUAGACGAGAGACAUUACGACAUCGUAAUCGGUGAACAUAUGGUUGGUGCUAUCAGGGCACAGGGCUUCAGUGAUGCCAUUGUCAGUGAAGUUUUGUGCAUCCUUGCACCUCUGCGCAAAGCCUUUGAAAAGGCAGCCUGGGAAGCGACCUGGGAUUACAGAGUCCCCACCUCUUCCCACAUGAAAGGACAGACAAUCGCGACACUUUGCUUUUCGGACAAGUAA